UGUCCAAUCUGCACUGCGCGUCGACUAUGAUCAAGUAGAGCCGCGACAACAACAUCUCUGCAAGCAAACCCUCGCGAUCGAGUGCAUGUGUGUGUGUAUGUGUGCGUGCAUGUGUGUAUGAGCGUUUGGAUGCCUGCCGGGGUCCGUUAAUCUAUCAUCUUCACAAGCAAACGCCAAGACAAGCCAGCGGAACCAACCGUGUUUGUGUCUCCAGGAGCUUCGGUUAGCGAACACCGUGUCAUAAAGAGAGGCGGUCGCACGCUACUCCACAGCGCCGCAGCUUCAGUGUAGUGUCUAUCGUUUCUACACCGUUCAAAUCAUCUCGUGUGCGUGCAUCUUCUUUUCUCGAUCCCGGUGGUGGUGCUGGUUAGCGGUUACGUUUCAGCUUUUUGCCGCCAACGAUUCAACGCGGUAAACGCCAAUGGCUGUGUUUGGGCUCGUGUCGGCCGUGGCCGGGUUCGUGAAGGUGCGCUACCUGCACGAUAAGGCGAUCAUCGAUAACAUCGUGUUCCGGUGCCACUAUCGCAUCACCAGUGCGAUCCUGUUCGCCUGCUGCAUCAUCGUCACGGCCAACAAUCUGAUCGGCGAUCCGAUCUCCUGCAUCAACGACGGUGCGGUCCCGGUUCAUGUGAUCAACACGUACUGCUGGAUCACGUACACCUUUACGCUGCCGGGGCAGCACGGUCGCCGGCUGGGCACGGAGGUGGCCCACUCCGGGCUGGGCAACGACAAUCAGGAGCGCACGUACCACAGCUACUACCAGUGGGUGCCGUUCAUGCUGUUCUUCCAGGGCCUACUGUUCUACAUCCCGCACUGGAUCUGGAAGAACUGGGAGGAGGGACGCAUGCGCAUGAUCACCGAGGGUAUGCGUGGCGUGUCGGCGGCAAGUCCCGCGGAGCGUAAGGUACGCCACGAGCGUCUGGCCCAGUAUCUGUGCGACAGUGUCAACACGCACAAUACCUACUCGUUCGGGUACUUCAUCUGCGAGGCACUGAAUUUUGUCAACGUGGUUGGAAAUAUCUUCUUCGUGGAUAAGUUCCUCGGAGGCUCUUUCCUAACGUACGGAUCGGAUGUGCUCAAGUUUUCCAACAUGAACCAGGAGAACCGUUCCGAUCCAAUGAUUGAAAUCUUCCCUCGGGUAACCAAGUGUACAUUCCACAAGUACGGUGCCUCGGGUAGCAUCCAAAAGCACGACGCGCUCUGUGUGCUGGCUUUAAAUAUCCUAAACGAAAAGAUCUACAUCUUCCUUUGGUUCUGGUUCAUCGCUCUGGCGGUUGCGUCCGGUUUGGCGAUCAUCUACUCUGCCGCGAUCGUCAUGAUGCCAACGACCCGGGAGGCGGUACUGAAGCGCCGCUUCCGUAAGGCCAACCCGACCGACAUCUGCAAUCUGGUGCGCCGCGUGCAGAUCGGCGACUUCCUUAUGCUGCACCUGCUCGGGCAGAAUCUGAACGUCACCUCGUACGGCGAGAUGCUCCAUACGUUCAUUAACAUGCUGGAUGAAGGGCGCACGAUGUCCGGCGAUACACCGUCCGCACCGUCCACGCUAGAGAUGGCUCCGAUGUAUCCGGCGAUCGAGAAAUACGACAAGGAAAAGGAGGUAAUGCAUCAGGACUACGAAGCAUAAGAAUGCCAGAUACAGAUUCAGGGUCCGGUGAUGCCCGUUGCAUUCUUGCAUUCAUUAUGCAAGUCGCAACUGCGGCCAAUUGCGCAGUGGAAGUGGAGUGUAUUUCGACAAGUUAACAUUAGUGAAAAUCUCAGCCACGAAAGGAUUUAUAGGAUAAGUAGAGAUGAUAGGUAAGAAACAAACGAACUACUUCUCAGAUUUUAAAAUGGUAACACAAUUAGCGGACAAUGACUAAGCGUACGUAAAACAUUCCUAAAGCUCUUCGGGCCACCAGUGGCGGGUGUGUGGUCGAGGGUGUCAGGGAACAUCAAAUCAUUUUAAGAAAUUGUAUCAAAAACGGCGAAAGUCGAACGCGACGUUACGGGGCCGUAUUUUAACGGUUUUGAACACAAUGGUGCCAGAACCUUUUUUUCCGUUAGCGCUAGCGAAGUAGAACAAGCAACAGAAGACUGUCCAGUUUUGUACUAAUUUUUAAAUUUGUUCACUUCCAAGAAAAUAAAAUUCUACUGUAUCUUUCUUGUGCGAGGACACGGUCGUAACGAGACCUAACCUCACGACACUGACAAUCGCAUGAAAAAAUGCUAAAAUUAGAAGAAAAACGAAACGAAUGCAACUGCAAACAAAAAUGAACCUUUUACGAAGCGGCGGAACAAAUGUCCCUCCAACGUAUACCCUACUGCUAUCUUUUAUAGAUUUUAGGCAACCUUCAUCUCAUUUACAAACGAAUACUUUUAAAACAAACUGCCUUAGGGGAAAAAUUAUGUAACAAAUUUAGGUUGUAAACACGCCGGCAAAUGGCAAGAUUUUUUUUUUCUCUCACGAAACAACGAAAAUCAUGCACGCGAAAGAUGGAAACGAGACUCCUCGCGGAAAGGAUGCGUCCACCAGAUUUUUGUAUGUUUUUUUGAACAUGUUUCAGAAGUCCGAUCAGGAUACUCAACAAAAAAUAAAUGUACAAGGGUCCCUUCGUAAACUAUCUUAAAUAAGUUAGGUAGAACGAUUGUCAAAACACUCAAACUUGAAACAGGAGCAAUAAUAAUACAUGUGGAAGUGAGGUAUAUCAUAUUUCGAAAGGUAACAAAGUAGUGCGCCGUGGUGUAGACAAAAACGUGCUGUCGUUGUCAUAAGUAUUGCAUUUUGAAACCCUUGCCCCUUGGCAGUCUUGGUCAAAGCCACCUCCUUGGCUUAUGUUAUGAUAAACACAUCAAAUCCUGUGAAGAGAACUGGUGCGAGGAGGUGGUGGAUAGAAGGAGCAAGUCGCGAAAAUCGACGAGCAACAAUGAGUGGAAGAAUGAUUGCCAACUCUAAUUGUGAUUACAUUGAUAAGAUUAAGAGAAAGCUAAUAAAGA